GUAGUCCACUCAGGCUUCUCUGGGCACUCAAUUAUUCUCCUUCUAUGUGCCCACAAGAAAUCCAGUCAGCCACUGCUAGUGCCAUAUAUAAGUGCGGGAGGGGCGGAGAGACUUCAUCAAAGGUGCCUUGAAGAAAGAAAUGGCUCCCAAGGCUUUCGUGAUCCUUGGCAUCCUCUUCUUUCUGAUGACAAUUCCAUCCAUGAAAUCGGAGUCUCAAACGGUGAAAGAUAGUUCAAGUGAUGAAGCAGCCCAGAAUAAUCCUACAGACGGCGGGACUGCACCAUCAACCACCCCAGUUCCACCGGAGAUUGUUGUUGGAGGGCCCCCCUACAGAGACUAUUUACCAGAUAGAGAAACUUCACCAUACCAUCAGUAUCACCAGGUCCGCGUGGUGUGCAGGAGUAAAUCACGAGGAGCACCAGGUGUAUGCGAAUGAAGGGGAAGGGAAGGCCCUCGAUUUUCUAUGUUUAGGAGCUUUUCCCAAGAAAUUAAAAAUUAAAGCUAAAUGGGGUCGAGGAUCUCUCUCUCUGGGUUUGGGGUGAAGUUGGGUCCAUACAUUUUCUCUUCCCGUGUGUUGUAAAAUCUAAAUUAUCAAUAUUAUCAAAUUAUAUUCAAGAAUAAAAUAAAUAAUGUGAGGGAGUGUGUCCAUGGGGUUACGUA